AUGGCUUGGAAAGAAGAUUUGUUGCGUUUUUGUCGAGACAAUGUGCUCUUUGUCAUGACCAUGACAAGCGUUGUUCUCGGAGUUGUAUUGGGCUUCAGCCUUCGACCUCUUAACCUAUCUGCUGAAACUCUGCAACUCAUCAACUUUCCGGGUGAAAUAUUCAUGCAAGUCUUAAAAAUGAUGAUAUUGCCUCUGAUUUUCUCAUCAUUGAUCUCAGCUCUGGCUCAGAUGGAUGCCAAAGAAUCUGGUCAAAUGGGUAUUGCUACUGUCUUAUACUAUUUAGUUACUACUGUAUUAGCCACAUUACUUGGAAUAUUUUUGGUGAUGACAAUUCAUCCGGGUGAUCCUUCUGUCAAAUCUAAUCAGCUUCAUGACAUUCCUAAUGAUACAGAUGUGUCACCUUUAGAUACGUUCUUAGAUCUUAUCAGAAAUAUGUUUCCGGAAAAUAUAAUUCAAGCAACUUUUGAAAGAAUGCAAACAACCUAUGUUCUCCACAAACCGAAUGUGGCGAAGAAUGGAACAGGCAGCGAAAUUUCAAUUAUGAGAAAAACAAUAACAAACACACGAGGAAUGAACAUCUUAGGAAUUAUUGUGUUCUGUACUGGUUUUGGUAUUGUAAUUUCACAGCUUGGAGAAAGAGCCAAAAUAGUCGUUGACUUCUUCGUUAUCUUGGAUGCCGUAAUUAUGAGAUGGGUUGAAACUCUGAUGUGGUUUGCUCCUCUUGGUAUCACCUGCCUCAUUUGUGGAAACUUAUUGGAACUUGAUGAUCUAUCAGAUACAGCCGCGGUUCUGUUCUUAUAUACCAUCACAGUUAUUGCUGGUCUCAUAAUCCAUGCCUUUUUAACGGUUCCAGUUUUAUACUUCUUGAUCACAAGAAAAAAUCCAAUGACAAUUGUACGUGGAAUGUUAUCCGCCACCGUUACAGCGUUCGGAACUGCUUCUGGUGGAGCAGCUUUGCCUGUUUCUAUGCAAUGUAUGGAAGAGAACUGUAGAAUUGACAGAAGAAUUGUUCGUUUCGUUCUACCUCUUGGCUCGACCAUAAACAUGGAUGGAAACGCUCUGUACGAAGCGGUCGCUGUAAUAUUCAUUGCUCAAUUAAACAAUGUGGACUUAAGUAUAGCGGAAGUUGUUACCGUCAGUGUAACAGCUACCCUUGCUUCAAUUGGAUUAGGGUCUGUACCAGCCGGUCUUGUGUCAAUUCUUCUAAUUCUGAACACUGUUGGCUUACCUGUGAAAGAUGUUUCUCUCUUACUCACAGUUGAUUGGCUAUUAGAUCGAAUUCGAACAGCAAUCAACGUGUUGGGAGACGGCUUUGCAGCAGGAGUGGUUUCUUCCAUUUUAGAGCGCCAACUGGAAGAAUCUGAUGCAAGAAAUGAGUUUCGUACUGAGAUCAAAGAAGAAAUAGAACUUCUGAAAUCGGCAGCCAACAGUCGAAGACCAUCAUUCACAUUAUCAGAAAAUUCACGAGAAGCAUAUUUCAAUGCAUUGGCAACAGCAGCCAACUCGACAGCACCAUCACGUCGUGGAUCAAUCGGUGGCUUUAAUUUAACAUGGAGAAGUACUCUGAUAGAACCUGGAUAUGCACAGCUACCGAAAGUUCAAGAUGUAUAA